ACAGUAACCCAUUAACAAAAGAACAUUGGCAUAAAGCUGCAUAUGUCUUGUUGUGAUGUUAUGUUAUUAACAGGACCAGAUGAUCAAAGUAGGAGAAAAUCAAGAAGCAAAAUCCUUAUAUAAUAAUAAUAAACUUUUAAAAAAUAUCCUGCUCCAUCUCCUCAUGAGGACACAGUGCGGUUUAUCAGAUUGAAUCUGAACUUUGUCUGGAAAUUCUUUUCAUGAAGCAUUAGGACUGCACUGUAUAGUCUGGUCAUACCAUAUGUCCCAGUUAACUCAAGACUGACUAGCUCCUGAAACUACUGAAUUUUAUCUCUGAGGCCCCUUCCAAAAUGUAAUUAACAAAUAUUAAUUAACAAAUACUCAGUUUAAUUAAAAGGACAAUAACACAGUUUACAAAUUUAUUAGAUGGCCACCACUUUUUUCCCUUUACUUUUUGAGUUUUAUAAGGAAAGUUCCCGAGGAACAGCUCAGACAGUCAAGAGACUGUAUUUCACAUGAAUGUUAUUGUACUGCCAUCUCAUAUCUCCUUCAUUGGUAUCUUCACUUCAGAUAAGCACAUAUGCCUUCCAUGUAGUCAAAUCCAUAACCAAAUAUCUGGAGCUCUGGGAUCACACAACUCCUUAUACAGCACCACAUUUAGCCCACACUUUCUCUAAUUCAAAAUGCUGUGAUAAGGGAACACUUUGGCCACAAGAUUCAGCUCAGCAUAUUGAAGAUCCACUACAUUUUUUGAACAACUCUUACUGUUGACUUGACUAUUGAGUAAAGCAGGUUGAUGGAUUGCAUUUAAAUUUCUAACCUACCAUAAAUUUAGAUAAUAUUGUCAUUAAAAAAACACUCUCGUUGUCCAUAAUGUUGCCUCUGAAAUAGAACAGUUUCACCAUGCUUCAAGACUUUUAGUUUUUUUUCCAGAGCUGCUGAAGAAAAUAAUACCAUAAUUGGAGAAUCACUAACUGUCAAAAAUGUUUUCUGUAGGGUGCUCUUUGCUUGUCUGGGAGAUAGACGGUAGUGGUCUCAGUCUAUUUUCAGCAUAUCACAGAAGUUACAGCAUACAGUAGAAAAGCUGAUGUGAACAUGCAUUGAACUACUCUGUGCCAGGAGACCCCCAGGCAAAUUGAUUUGAGUUCUCUCCCCUUCAGUACAGUGAUAAUGAUGAUAUCGGCAACUAUAAGAUUUUUGUAAACAUUGCACAAACAGUGUGCAAACUUCUUUAAUUUAGUAUCAAACUAGAAUGAAAUGCUCACUGAAAUUAAAUUUAAGAUUUCAGUUUUGAACAGAAGUGUGUAGAGAGACUAUUGUGCUAGGCUAACACCUCUUCAGCUUAUUAAAGCCCAUUGAUUAGGACAGAAAAAAAAUCAACUCUGUUCUUUGUAACCUGACUUCUAUUUAUUUAAUGUGAAUUUAAUGGUGUGCUUUCCUCCUGCUGUUAAAACUGAAUCACUUUUAUUUAUCUGUUCUGUCAUCAUCUCUUUUUUCUACAAGAUGAUCGCAUGGAUUUGACAAACUGGGCCCUAGCCUGUGCUAGAAGAAAUUGGUUAGGAUAUUAAAUCCAAUUGUUUUCGUAUUAUAUUGUUUUUAAUGUUGCAAGCCGCUUUAAGUUUUUUUAAGAGAGGAAAGCAGAAUAUAAAUAAUAAUAACAAGGUAAUCAUUCUGUUAAUGGGUGAACACUAUUGUGUUUCAUUUUAUAUUUAUUUAUAAGACAUCUCAUGUAUAUGUCAAGGACAGGUGUGGGGGCCAAAAUUAUGGAUGUUCAUAUGACCCAUGGAUAAACUGGAGAUCAUUCCACCAUCAGGGACCAUCCACCAUUUCCCUGCUUAGAUAUUCAAAAAAGGCCAAAAGUGGCACAACUGCAGAGAGGUUAGAGGGAGUUUCUCAGGACAGACUAUGCUCUUGCCUUUUGCAACGCUGCUCAGAGAAGGAAUGGUUCCUUUCUUGAUAAGUGUUAAGGUAUAGGAAUCACAUUGGCCCAUGGAUAAGUCAGCUCAGUUUUUUAAAACUUUAUUUUUGAGUAAAAGUUCUAGACUUAUAUAUGGAUAUAUAGGGUAAGUAAUUUUAGCUGUACUGUACUCUCAUUUUAUAUUUGACAGGUGAUUUUUUUUCAAUUCUGCUUCUGAUGUAUUCUUUGUAUCUGUCUUUUAGAAUAGAGCUUAUUUUGUAUUCCCAAGGGCUUUGGCCUCCAUGGCAACUAGUUGACUUUUCAAAUGUUGAAACAAGGGAGUAAUAUAUUAAAAAAUUGUGGUACAGUUCUGACAAUGUAUCAUUUCUAAAAGUGAUGCAUUUUUAAAUGCAGUAUUUUCCAGUUAACAGCUUCAAGGGGAUCUUAAAAAUACCUUUAAUGCAUGUUAUCGAACAACUUUGCAAAAGUAGAGUAUCUUACUGUUUAAACUGGUACAGGGUAAUAUGACUCCCAAUUAAACUUGGUGAAAGUCCCAAUCUUAACCAUCUUGAAGGUACAAUUGUCCUUGUGCAGCCAGCAACCUUAAAAAAAAGAAUAAAAUAGAAUGGGUAGCUGCCAAUAAACUGAAGAAGAGAAGCCAGCAGAAUUAAUUAGAAGCAUAAAUAGUCACAUUCCUAGUUAUAAAUAAGCUGCUUCUGGAAGAAAUUCGUUAGUUGAACAUUGUGCACAUUUAUACUCAUUAUAGGACCUUGUCUAUUCUGAACAAAUUAAAAGCUAUUUUGUUGAAUUACAUCUUCCUAAAUCAUUUGGCACACAUUUCUAAAGCUUGGCUAAACAAAACAUUCCAUAAAACCAAAUUUGGUAAAUAGGUCUUGAGCUAGUGAAACAGGCAUUGAAAUGACCUACAUUUAAGUUUUGAAACAAAAGUUUUAUAAGACUCAAAAUACCUUGUAGAUUUUAGGACAGGAAACAGUCUAGUGCCUCUGCUGGAUUUUGAACAAUAAUGUAAUCCAUUUAAUCGUGGUGAUCUCUUCAGGCCUACACAAUAGUAGUUUGGCUUGAACCACUGUGUAUGUAUUAGUGCACAAAAUAUUUUACUAAUUCAAAGUUUCCCAGUUAAGUGCAUGAAUCUCACUCACUCAUAGAAGCAAGCAGAGCACCCCCAACUAUGAAGGUUGAUGAGUCUGCUUGUGACUAGAAUUGCUGUAUCAACCCAUAACCUUCUAAAACAAUGGGAUUAGUUAUGAAUACUAGCUGAAGUGUGAAUGUGAUUGCAUUUUUCACAUGGUGGUUUGCUGGUUCUGUGAUAGAAAACAAUAGCACUGUCAGAUAUGCAGUGUGGACAAAAAAUGUGAUACCUUUAAUUUAAUACAUAGCUGCUCAUUGCUUUAUUUAUAUAUAUGGUAUUUAUUUCUCGUGUCAGAAGCGAACUGAGGGUACAAGUUGUAAUGGAUUUGCAAACAUAGAGAUUUUUUAAGGAAUUUUUUUGGCAUUAAUACUAAAUGUCUUUUGCCCACUAGCUGGCCACUUGGGAGUACCUCUGGUAUUGCUGUUAGAAGGUCCACCAUUGUGCGUGUAGCAGGGCUCAGAAUACAUUGCAGUAGGUGGUGUGUGGUUUGCUCUUCUCCACAGUCACAUGUUGCGGACUCCACUUUGUAGCCCCAUUUCUUAAGGUUGGCUCUGCAUCUCAUGAUGCCAGAGCGCAAUCUGUUCAGCUCCUUCCAAGUUGCCCAGUCUUCUGUGUGCUCAGGGGGGAGUUUUUCGUUCAGCUUCAGCCACUGAUUAAGGUUCCAGGUUCUAGCCUGCCAUCUUUGGACUCUUGCUUGCUGAGAUGUUCCUGUAAGUAUAUCUGUAGAUCUUAGAAAGCAUUGGCGUGCUGGCUGAUAUCUGAACAGGGGAUGGCCCGGAGAUGUCAAUGCCUUGGUCCUUUCAUUGUUGGCUGCUACUUCCCAGCGGAUGUCAGGUGGUGCAAUGCCAGCUAAGCAGUAUAAUUUCUCCAGUGGUGUAGGAAGUAGACAUCCUGUGAUAAUGCAGCAUGUCUCAUUAAGAGCCACAUCCACUGUUUUAACAUGGUGAGAUGUAUUCCACACUGGGCAUGCGUCUUCAGCAGCACAGUAGGAAAGCACAAGGGCAGGUGUCUUCACUGUGACAGGUUAUGAUCCCCAGGUUGUGCCAGUCAGCUUUCGUAUGAUGUUAUUUCUAGCGCCCACUUUUUGCUUGAUAGUAAAACAGUGCUUUUUGUAAGUCAGAGCACAGUCCAGGGUAACUCCCAAGUAUUUUGGUGUGUUGCAAUGCUCCAGUGGGGUUCCUUCCCAGGUAGUCCUCAGAGCUCGAGAUGCUUGUCUGUUCUUAAGGUGGAAAGCACGCGUCUGUGUUUUAGAUGGAUUAGGGAUCAGUUGGUUUACCUUGUAAUAGGCAGUAAGAGCACCUAAGCUUUGGGAAGCUUCUGUUCAACCAUUUCAAAGCUCCCUGCUUGGGUGGUGAUGGCACGAUCAUCAGCAUAGAUGAAACUCUCUGUCCCUUCUGGCAGUGGAUGGUCAUUUGUGCAAAUGUUAAACAUUGAUGGAGCAAGCACGCUACCCUGAGGGAGGCCGUUCUUCUUUUUUCGCCAUCUGCUUCUUUGACCCUGGAAUUCAACCAAAAAAGCUCCUGUUUUGUAGCAGAUUUCCUAUGAAGCGGGUGUGGUAGUAGUCCUUUGUGAUAUUACACAUUUUUCCCAGGAGAAGGUGGUGGUUUACAGUGUCAUAAGCUGUUGACAGGUCUAUGAAGACAGCUCCUGUAAUCUGCUGCCUUUCAACCCCAUCUUCUAUGUGCUGAGUCAGAUUCAACACUUGUGAUGUGCAGCUUUUGCCUUUCCUGAAGCCAGCUUGCUCCAGAAUCAAACAUGGGUCUCCCCCCCCCCCCCCCCAUAAUUCUAUUCAAAAUAAGUCUCUUCAGAACUUUGUAGAGACAACAAGAAGAUUGAUCUGCAGUUUUUUGGGUCAUUACGGUCUUUUCCUAGUUUCAAGAUGGCUAUGACUUUUGCUUUCUGCCAGAUUUUGGGAAUCUGACAGGAUGCAAUGCAGUUGUUCAUCAUCUUCAGCAGCCAGCAGCUUGCUUUUGGGCCAAAGUUCUUAAUUUGUUCCAUCCGUAGAUCGUCCAGGUCAGCUGCUUUGCCAUUUUUACAUUUAUUGAGGGCCAUGUCCAAUUCAGUUGAUGUGAAAGGUUCAUGAAGGUGGUUGUUCUCAUUAUCUGGUUGUCUGACUAUUGGUUUCCUUCCUAAUUUGGCGGAGAGUUUGGGUUUCCCAUUCUUCAGAAGUUGAUGCGUAAUAUAUAUGGUAAAGGUGUAGUUUAAAAAUAAUAAAUUGAUAUAGAAUAUUAGAAUUCUGCAGUCAGAAUGCUUAGUUUGUAUAGUUAGACUUAAUGGCCUCCUCACUAAUUUUCCACCCUGUUUCUGCUUAGAUUUUCAUAUUGAAACACUCUGCAAUUAUUUGACUGAAAAUAUCUCAUUUAUCACUCACCCCAAAUAUUGCAGUAUUUUUGUGUUCCAUUUCUCACUUUCAAAAUUUUAGUUUCCCCAAUUCACAUUUCUGACAUUCCAUGUUCCAUGUUCCAUUAUACUGGCAUAUGUUGUGCAUCUUCAGAAUUUACUUUUGUCUUUUGCUUUAAAGGAACACACUGUCCCACCAGUACAGAAAUUGAAUACCAUAGUGGGCGGAGCUGGUGUAUUCUGGUAUUAAUUUUAAGUGUUUGUGUAUUUAUUUUACUGUGUUAUGAAUGAAAAUUUCUGUUUCUCUCUGGAGGAAAAAUGUUUGUCCAAUCCUUUGGCUUCCCUGAGUCACAUGGGAAGAAAUUGUUUUGGGCUGCACACUAUCGUAAAACUGAAGCCACGCAUGUGUACAAAUAGCAAGAAUGCACUGCGCCCGGCUGCUCUAUUCUUAGUACAGAAUACAUACUAUAAUUCUUUUUUACAAUUCAUGUUUUGCAGCAUUGCAGUAGAGUUCUCUUGCUCUUUAUUUUGUUUGUUAAUUUUAACAAUUUUUCAUUUGGCUGAACUGUUUGCAAUUAUAAUGCAAAUUAUAGCUACUACUUCAAUAUUUGUGGACAUAACAUACUCUGACUAUUCCAUUCUGUUCCAUUCUUGUCUACAAAGUUUGCACUUGAGAACUGCACGAUCAAAUUACAAAAAAAAAUCAUAAUGUUUUAGGUAACUUUACAGUUUUGUGUUGGGCCUCAUUCGAAGUCAUCCUGUGGUCCAUGGGAUGCAGAUUUACAAACCUGCUAUAAAUUAUAUCUUUGUAACAUCUUUACAUGCUAAAAUUGAUAGGCAGCCCCCCCUCCCUCCCAAUUUAUUAACUUUCACUUGGGCUCCCUUUAUCCAUUUGCAAAAUGCCUACCAAAGGGCUUUUGAUGUCUUUUUUUGGUGUUCAGUAGCACCACCAAAAUAUCAUUAAUAUUUGCAAUUUGUUUUGGUCACCAUACAUUUGCAAAGAUUUUGUAAUAGAGGUAUUAGAAUAAAUUUAUAAUGAUUUGGAAGACUGGGGAAGUAGAGUAAACUAAUAAUCUGUAGUCAAAUCAUGUUACGAUUUUAGCCGGAGCUCAUUUUUAGCUCUGAUUAAACAUUAACAAAUUCUCAUAAAUUGUUGUAUAUACAAGAAGAAAAUGAAUAGGUAACCUGAGUCAAUGUGUUAUCUACUCCUGGGUAGUUUCUACCAUUUUAAACUCUUGUUCUUGCUGCAUUUUGCUAUCAUGAGGAAAGCAGACAAUCAAAGUUGAAGCUGUGGAAUAGAAUUGAAAAUAGAACUGAAAAAUGUACUGAAGAGUAAUUUUGCUUUGAAAUGUUUUGCAAAUGUAGACAUUAAGUGUGAAAUGAAUGCAGCUAAUGACCAUAGCAGGAAGAGUUAUGCACCUGCUGAUCAGAGGAAUAUUAUUAUAAAUGAGGUUGAUUUUUACUGUUGACUACCUCAUUCUUUCUCAAUGUGGUCUCAUUAUUUUUCUAUCAUAUGUCUGACCCUUUAGAUGUGAAGACUCAAGCAUCAACAUAAUAAAAAUACAUUAACUUCUGUGGAGUUUUUCAGACAUUUUCUAAUUAUAUGAAACAUAUAAUUUUGUGUUUUUUCAAAAGACUACUGCGUUUUUCCUUGUGAAAAUAAAGAUUUAAUUUCCCAUACUUUGUAGCUUUUAAAAAUCAAAGCAGCCAUGCAACUACAGGUUAUAGUAAUUAAAUCAAUAUUCUUGGAAUUUAAAUUAUGAAGUAUGUUUCCAUGAACAGUACAUAUUUAUGGGGAAAGCAUGAUGCAAUGGAGUUUACCAUAUACAAUAUAUUCAAGUCUACAAUGAAAAAUUUUCAAUCAAAAAUCAACUCCAAAAAUCUAGGUUGACUUAUUCACAGAUCAAUGUAAGGUGCAGAAUUCACCACCAUGGGAAAAUGGAGGUAGUACUAGCUCUUUGGUGCUUCCCUACCAGGGCAUAUAGAGUAGAGGGGUUCAGUCCUUCUUUUAGGUUUUCCCAUAAUGGACUAAGCUUUUGCCACUCUACUUAGAGAAGGGAUGGUUGCUUUUUUAUAAGCAGUAUUAAUUCUUACCAAAAAAGGACCCCAUCCUCUUCCCCAAAUAGACUGGUGAAAGGCAGAGAACUUUUGAUUUAAUCUGUGGAUAAAUUGAGCGUCAUUCUGUGGGGCGGGGAACCCAGUGCUACUACCAUUUUCACACCUAGGCAUUCAAAAAGGCCAGAAGCUGACCCACAGUGGAUUAAGCAGAGAGAGCUAAUGUUUCUUUUAGGUUCUCCCAGGAUAAACUAAGAUUUUUGUCUUUUGUUGUUCUACUCAGAUAAAAAGAUGGUUCCUUUUUUGAAUAAAAGAUAAUGUACAGUAUAAAAAUUGAAAUACAGUACUCACAUUGAUCCGUGGAUAAGUUGACCCAGGUUUUUUUAGUUGUGUUGUCAAAGACUUUCAUGGCCGGGAUCACAGGGUUGUUGUAUGUUUUCCGGGCUGUAUGGCCAUGUUCCAGAAGUAUUCUCUCCUGACGUUUCACCCACAUCUAUGGCAGGCAUCCUCAGAGGUUGUGAGGUAUGGAGAAACUAAGUAAGGAAGGUUUAUAUAUAUAUCUGUGGAAAGUCCAGGGUGAGAGAAUAACUCUUUGUCAGUUUUGCCAGUGUGAAUGUUGCAGUUAAUCACUUUAAUUAGCAUUGAAUAGCCUCAUCUCCUGGCUUCUUCCUGCCUGGGGGCAUCCUUUGUUCAGAGUCGUUAGCUGCCCCUGGUUGAUUCAUGUCUGGAACUCCUCUGUUUUCAGAGUGUUGCUUCUUAUUUACUGUUCUGAUUUUUGAGUUUUUUAAUACUGGUCGCCAUAUUUUGUUCAUUUUCAUGGUUUCCUCCUUUCUGUUGAAGUUGUCCACAUGCUUGUGAUUUUUAGUUGAUUUUUCUAGACUUGGACACAUGUGUAGGUUACGUAUUUUCAAAAUUAUAUUAAUUGUGACAUGUUUUAUCCGUUUUACAUUAUUUCUUUGCAUUUUAAAUUAUUAAAUAGCUCAGCUCAGAUUUGUCUUACUGGAUUUUAUCCAUGUCAUCCUAAUAUAGGAUGAGAUGUAAGUGUUUUAAUACAUUUAAUAAAUGUUUGGAGGAGCCUCUGGUGGUGCAGCAGAUUAAACGACCGAGCUGCUGAACUUGCUGAUGAAAAGGAUAACUGAUUUAGGAAAUAUUAAAAGAAGAUUAUAUUUAUCAACGAUCCACAAGGAAUUGUCUGUAACACCUCUACAUGCAAAAAUACCUCUGUUUAUGAUCAAGCGCAAAAUUUGGUGCAAUCUGUGCAUUGACUUGGUAGCAUUCACCAGUGAGAUAUUCAAAGGAGCUGUUUUCCAGUCACUGGAUGGCAUUAUUAUUUCAGCUAACUGUAAGCUGCGAAAGAUCUUCACACUGAAGUCUAAUCCCCUGGACAGAUCUGAUGAAGUUCCUGGACCAAUAGAUACUAUUCCCCGAACCUGUCAGUUAAAUCCAGAUGUAUCACAAGUCACACAGCUAUUGAAUAUGAACAAGCUUCGUCAAACAGAACAAAAAUGUGGAGGUCAACUCUUAACCUCACCGGAAUUGGUAGACCAUCUAAUGAACAGAGGAUCAGCCACUGCAAGGAAUAGUAGGAAUCAAGAUAAAUCCCACAUUGCAUUUGGAUCAAAAGUCUUUGGUCCACCUCCACCUUCUGGUCGAAGAUUCAGCACAAGGGCAUCUGGGGAGGUGACCAAAUCUGCAAGCAUUAAAGCGAACAGAUCAUGCCAAGUGCCCGCUUUGGAAAAGGAAAAAGAACCAACACAAGUUAGUGGCAAGUCCAAACAGUCUCCCUGUCCACUUGAUGUAGCUGUAGAGCAAGGAAACAAAGAAAAUAUCCAGUACACAGAUCAAAUGUUGCUGGAUCAUGAUGAAUGGAUCUUCCCUAACAAGGAAAGUUCUCAUCUGGAUUCCAGCAGUCCACCACAAAUUGCUUGUGAAACAUCCUAUGGCUUCUUAACAUCACCACUGGAUGACAACCAAACUUGUGAAAACAAACAAGCGCCUCAAGUUGACCAGGAGGACAUUUUCACUUAUUCCUCAAAACCUAGAUCAGCACCUCAUGGGAAACCCCUAAAUCUUUCAUCAGACGAUUGCAGCUUUUCUGUUGAUUUAAAAGAAGAGAUCAAUGGGGUCUGGCGAGGUGCUCAAAUGGAGGAUGACUUCUUUGGAAAUGAGAGCAAUGAAGAGGAUGAUAGCUAUAAUGAAUUUAUGGAAGAGGACCAGACCAGCUCCUUUUUAUCAAGAUCAUCAGAACCGGUGAUUUCUGAAGAGAUUCCACUCAAAAUUGCUCCCCAAAGUCCCAACAACUGGGCAGAUGGAGGAUAUGCAAGACAUGCUGAUGGAAAAACAUUGUCACCAAGCAAAGAAGAUUCAAUUGCGAUGACAGAAAAGGCAGAUAACAUUCCAAAAAGCUUAUUACCAACUUGUUGCUUGUCCCCAAGAAGAAGCAUACCUGAGCCCAUUAAGGAAACAUCUGAAAUACCAAAGGAUUCAUCAGGUCCAUUGAGAACUUCCAGAAGUAGAAAAUCCUUGAAGGAAAUCCCACAGGAGAAUUCAAAUCCAAUAGGCCAAAUCCCUGAAUAUGACUGGAGGAACUACCAGUCAAGCAAUAUGAGUGCCUCUGAACUUCAAAUGUUGGCUAGUAUGAAAAGGCAACAAAAUGAAGAGCUGGAAGAUAAUCGACUUUCACAUGGGUUGAGUGCCUCUCAAAUCGGCAAUUGUAAUAUCAGCAUCAGCACAAGCAGUGACGAUACAACAACCUGGAAUUCAUGUCUCCCAGCGCCUGUCAACCAAGGGUGUCACUAUCAAAAAGAAAUGAACCCUCUUUCUCAAUCCAACCCAAGGGACUGGUUAAAUGUAUUCAGCCCUCCUAUAAUCUCUCCUAGCCAGCAAGUAGUGGUAGAAAAUGGUGGAACCAAGACAGAUAUGAGUAUUCAAGGAGAAGGUGACUUCGGGGCAGAAGAAGAUGAAGUUCUCACUCUCUUAUACGACCCGUGCCUAAACUGUUAUUUUGAUCCUGAAACUGGCAAGUACUAUGAGCUGGCAUAGUCAUUUGCAAGGGCAAGGAGCAUGACCCCCCUUCAAAACUCUUCCAGCCCUUGGGCCUUUGCAAAACACUCAUUUAAAACUAGAAUGUUCCCCCUAUUAUGUGCUCCAGUAUCCUGUUGCUCAAAAGUACGGCACUAUCUUACAGGGUUUUUUAAAAGACGUGUGAUGUUUUUUAAACAGGUUGCCCUUGCAGUCUUUUCUAGUUUGCAUACAUAUUUUCUGAGCCAGCUGAUGUUAUGUAAAAUAUGGAAUGUUCUUGUAUGUGAACAAAUUAUGCUGGAUCAAAAAAAUGUUUGCCUAGUUAAUCCGAACUACUGUGUGAUGAUUUUUCCCUACACGUACUUGUUCUUUCAUCUCCAAUAAUUUAAAUAGAUGUACUGCCAUCUUUGCAGUUCGGAAAAUACUGUCUGAUGUUCAAAGGGAAGUGUUCCAUGAACUGCCUUUUCUCUUCUUUAUUACUGAAUAAAGCAAUAUUUUUUUUCAAA